UUCGACUGCAUCCCUCGGAUUCCCUCCGUCCCUCGCUCCAUCCAUCCAUCCCUCGCCUCGGUUCAUCGGACAUCGUCCUCUUCGGCUGACUGACUCCACCCGCCGAGCCGCAUUGGAGCAACCAUCGCCGACUGCAGCAUGGAGUGAUCCACCCCGCCCGUUGAGCAGCUGGGUUGCUACUUUGAUGCAUAUGGACGUUAGUACCGGAAGUGGUACGGACGUGGGCCGAGACAUUUAAAACCGACUCGUAACCCGGCUGGCAAUCACCGCAUCUACUGCUCCUGGAGAAACGCUUCACCGAGUGAGCAGAAGGAUCUGCGGUCCCAAUGGCGUGCCCUGAUAAUCAGUUUGAAGCAGUGAUCGGUGAGAAACGGUUUUCACGAGUGCGACCCGUGGAUGAUGAAGAGAGGAAGAAACGGAUUUUCGACACUUACUCCUACUGCUCGCUGGAUGUGAAAGGACUGAAUAAGCAGCUGGAAUACAACCAAUGGAAGAAAGACCAGGAAGAAGCCGAAAAGAAAGCAUACGCCGAAUAUCAAGACAUGAAAAAUCGAAACAUGAAGUACUACGAAGAGCAAGUGAGACUGAGGAAAAAGGAGAAUGACCUUGAAGCAGCCAAGGAGUGGACUGAACAACAUAAGGAACGAGUAGCACAGGACGUUGCAGAGAGACUUUGGCGAAUGCAGAUUAAUGACAGGUAUGGACCGUUAACUAGAGACAGGUAUGUUCAACAAGACUUGGAACCAGCGAGGGAGAUAGCGAUCUACAAUAAACUACAGGAGAAAUGGUGCGACCAGAUAGAUACAAAAGAAGCUCAAAGGAAGAAGGACUAUGCCGAGCACAUGGAUUACAUCCACAGACAGUGUAUGGCAAGAAAAACCAUGCGGGAGAGAGAAGAAUUUAUUGGAAGGAGACUGUUUGAAGAUAAUCGCGAAUUGAUGAAGACGCAGAUGUGCGAGGCUGGAUGGAAGCAACAAGAGGCGAGAGAGGAGAAGCGGGAAAAUCACAUGUACCAGAUCAAACCCGAAUACUUUGCUCAAUUCCAAACACGAAGUCGUUGAGAGCGUCACUCUCAUAUGUGAAGCUCCAAUCAGGAUAUGAGUGCUCGAUGAUGAGUAGCUCAUGCGAGCAUACAGCGGAAUAAUUGUCCAAUAUAUGAGACUUGGACGUCCUAGACACCGAACGCCGCAAAGACCCUGAGAGUUGUUCCUGUCUGCCUUUUGCGUGCAAGAAGGACAAGUCAGCUGUGGCAUGGAGGGUCUGCGUAGUUUCGAAGGUCGAAAGUAGUAGUUGCAGAGCUGAUCGAGGGGGAGAUUGUUACAUUGUUAUAACGAGCGAAGCAUAUACCAGUCACAGCACGCGUGAGCCUUCUGAGCCAAACGAGUCAAAUGUCAUGUUCAGAUAGGUUUCCACACACAUGUACAGAAAGUCAAUCGUCAAUCUGAUGCUUGUUUCGAUAUGGGAUAAGGGACAUGUGCACAUGUGAUAAGGGACUACGUGCACAUAAUCCCAGGUUGAUUGAGUACACGAUGAGAAUGCACCCCAUGAAAGAGGUCAUCUUUAUCCAUUGAACGCAUGUGCCAUAAUCUGGAUUGAAGCUUUGCUCGUGACCGGAACGGUACUGCACUUAUUGCAAGCCAGGAGCUCUGGCAGACGUUGUGCUUACGAGAGUGAUGGAUUGUUGUGUAACAGUCAGCUCUCAGUUCUGAGAGUACGGUACGGUAAGAUGGCUGCAGACAGUGCGAGCUUGACAAUAAGGACUUACUUAAUCUCAAUAGAAUGUGGACUCUGCAAAUGUGUCAGUUUGCUGCUGAAAGUUUUAAGGCAAGACUCCAAUCUUUGGCUUGCAGUUGUUCUUGCAGUCAAACUUACCGCGUUCGCGCCUCAUCCAACUGAUAUUGACUCGGAAAACAUAAGGAGAUGUUGAGACCUUACCGCCGAAAAUCAGAUACUACCAUUCACAACGCAAUCGGUCAGUAGUCUUGCAAGAUCGCCGAUCACUUCAGAGGACCGGAUCUUGCAAGGGCAAAUCUUAAUGAAACGCGUGAGUGGAAUCUCCGAACACCUAGACAAAUGGAGUGUCCCAGAAGACUGCCUUUCGAGAAAACUUCAACAGGGACAGAGCUCGUUGGGAGACUUCACACUUAAAUAGAGGACACCCGACUGCUUGUCGUCCAGGGUCCUUCAGAGUCUAGCGAGCUGCGUCUAUCUAAUCCCGAAACCAGGACAGAGUGCAUUCUUCUCCAUUCAAGCUAGGAAUGCCACAUGAAUACGGGUCCGGAACUCUAUUUUCAGCACUCUGUACAACCUUGUCUGAAAGACUUGGCAUCUAUGUUACAAUUUCAAUGUCUAGUCCUCUGUACACACAUAGUUUCACGAACUUAAGAUUGAUGAGACUGUCUUGAAAAACACCAUGAACAUGGUGUUUCCUGUGUAUCUAUGUACAGUCAGUGAGUGAGCAAGCGACGUCAGCUCGUCGGAGCUAUGACUGCCUUGCUUCCAUUACUCGAGUCUGAAAACCUGGUAGCUCAGUGACCGAGUUCAGCAUCCAUCAUCGAUGUGCAGCUGAAUGUGGAUGCAUGUUGGCCGUGUCUAUGCUAGCGAGAAGCCUGGCUGCCCUGGUUCUGAGGACGGUGCUGUUCGGAGGUGCAGCUAGCUCUCUGAGAGGCAGACUUGCAGAGCGGCGGUAUUCCUCCUUCAUCGUGGGAACUUUGAAGAUGUGUUCCAGCAUGAGCACUGCUCGUUCUGCGUGCUCUUCGUGACGCAGAAGGCCGAAAAGAGGUUGAAUUCCGUGCACUUCGUGUAAUGCAAUGGCCCCCGAGUGCACGAUAUCGUCUCCACCCACAAGGGUCUCCAGAGUGUCCAGAGCUGCGUCCCCUGCUUCUCCGGCUCCCCAGUCAGUAUCAUCCGAUCCCAGCAGUGACACCAAGGGACCCACGGCUCCGGCUGCCACCAGACAGAAUGUGCUCUUGACGCUGCACUUGCCCCCGUGCACCCGGCACAGUCGAGGUCGGCGUUUCAGGGCGCACGUCCAGCCUGAGGCCUGGACCUCGCUCACGAGCUUCGGAGUGCUUCGAGAGAAGUUUCUCAAAACGUAGGCAGCUCCCGCUUGACUGCGUGGGGCGCCGGUCCUCAAGAGCUCGAUCAGACGAGUGUGCACGUCAAGGCUGGCGGCUGCCUUCUGCGUUUCGACGUCUGAGUCGGUGAAGCGGCGCAGAGUCGCCAGAGCCUUUGCCUGAACCUCCUCCACCUCGGAGUUAAUCAGGCUGACCGUCGCAGGUACGACUCCAGCUGCCAGGAUCGAGGCCGUGAGUUGUUCACGCCCGAGAGGCAGGUUCGCCAAGAUCCCUGCGACUGAAGCUUGUGCGUCUUCGUCCACAUCUGUCAUGAGUUUGACCAAGUCUGCUUCACCUUUCGUUCUUUGCAACUGAUCGAAUACUUGCUCUGCCCCCUCGUUCUGUGCAAGUCCCAUGAGGAUUUUCAGCGAACACCUCCGAGCAUCCCGGUCUGGUCCCCACACCUCUGCAAACAAGAAUUGGACACUCGUUUCGUCCUGUAUGAACUUCCUGGCUUCUUUGUCCUUCGACAACCCCAGCAAAGCGCGAAGUGUUCGAAUGCGCAAGACUGAGGAACUCACGCCCCCAGGAUUUAGAAGAAGUGGAACAACUUGAGAUACAGGAAUGUGCUUCUCGCCGACCUCCGCUAUAUACUUCGCACCAUCUUCAGAGCACAAAUUCAGAACUACCAUAGCAGCACUCUCUCUAAUUUGUAGUUGAUUGUUCGUGUUUUUCA